GGGCAGUUGCCCGGGGCGGCAUUUUUUCAUGACACAAAAGGGGCGCACAAGCGCGGAGUAAAAAAAAAAAAAAGGAAAUCUGCGCCGCACCGAGGUUUUCUAUUAUCUGUCAUAUGACAGUGUCUGGAUUGGAAACAGCAAGUUGGCGCCCCCUGCAGCUGCAGGCGCUCCUGCUGACUGAGAACGUUCACGUGCACCGUGUGUCUAUGAAGAACAGGAAGGGGAGGGGUGCGGCGGGGGAAUUCACCUCUGCGUCUUUCCCAAAUGAAUGAGCGUGCAGGGGCUGAAUCAACUGUAUUAACAUGGCUAAAGUCAAUCACAUCUUGAUGUUCUUCCAUAUUUCAUUCAUAAUAUCAUAAACACAGGCCUAUCAUUCUUUCAGGUUUCUCUGAAUUGUGUGAAAUGGCCGAAUAAAAAAAGGAAAAACAAAACGAUUUUGUGGUCACCCCCCCAUCAAGGUCAAAUAGUUUAGUCCUGACUAAAGGAAACUUACUGAGUCAGGAGCCAAACUGAAGAGAUGAACAUAAAAAGGCUAAAACCACCAGGUGCCCGAUUCAGGGGGAAAAAAAGAAAAAAGAGGAGAAAGAUAAAGGUGUGGUACUGUUGCCCUCGCUCUCAUCCAUCAUGCUGAGUUUCCUGCGCAGGACGUUGGGGCGGCGUUCCAUGCGGAAACAUGCUGAAAAAUCCCGUUUACGAGAGGCUCAGCGAGCCACAACGCACAUCCCUGCUGCUGGGGAUGCAAAGUCCAUCAUCACCUGCCGCGUUUCCCUGCUGGAUGGUACAGAUGUCAGCGUCGAGCUGCCGAAAAAAGCCAAAGGUGAAGAACUCUUCGAACAGAUCAUGUACCACCUGGACAUCGUGGAGAAAGACUAUUUCGGACUUCGCUUCAUGGACGCUGCACAAGUUCCGCACUGGCUUGAUGUCACAAAAAGUAUAAAAAAGCAAGUAAAAAUUGGCCCACCAUACUGCCUUCACAUGAGAGUCAAGUUUUACUCUUCUGAACCGAACAAUCUGCACGAGGAACUCACCAGAUACCUGUUUGUGUUGCAACUAAAGCAAGACGUCCUCAGUGGGAAGCUUGAGUGUCCCUUUGACACGGCAGUGCAGUUGGCCGCCUUCUCGUUACAAGCUGAACUAGGUGACUGUGACCCACUAGAACAUAACCUAGACCUGGUGUCAGAAUUUCGUUUCAUCCCAGAGCAGACGGAGGAGAUGGAGCUCGCCAUUUAUAAUGCGUGGAAGGAUUGCAGAGGCCAGAUGCCCGCACAAGCUGAGAUUAACUACCUGAAUAAAGCCAAGUGGCUAGAAAUGUACGGAGUAGACAUGCACAUGGUGAAGGCCAGAGAUGGUAAUGAGUACAGUCUGGGUUUGACGCCCACUGGAGUUCUGGUGUUUGAAGGCCAAACAAAGAUCGGGCUAUUUUUCUGGCCCAAGAUAACCCGUCUGGAUUUCAAGAAGAGCAAACUGACCCUUGUGGUGGUGGAAGAUGACGAUCAGGGCAAAGAGCAGGAGCACACCUUCGUCUUCAGGAUGGACCACCCCAAAGCCUGCAAGCAUCUCUGGAAGUGUGCAGUAGAACACCACACCUUCUUUAGGUUGAGAGGACCGGUUCAGAAGAACUCUGCACGGUCUGGAUUCAUACGCAUGGGGUCACGCUUCAGAUACAGUGGAAAGACGGAGUAUCAGACGACCAAGGCCAGUAAAGCGAGGCGCUCGGCCUCAUUUGAGAGGAGACCCAGUCGACGCUACUCGAGAAGAACCUUACAGAACCGGGGGCAAUUCAACCCUCAGGAACUUUUCUCUUCAGGCAAUGGAGUCGGCUCGAGUAAAGACAAGGUUAAUCCCAAUAAAGGCGUCUGGUCUGGUGUUCCUGUGGUCGGCCCAGUGGCAGCUUCCUCCUGUGGACCAAUCAAAAUAGAGGCUCUACCCCGAAGUCCUGGAGGAGAGAAAAGAGGCUUGCCUGCUGUGGCCGAUCUGAUGGAGACGUGCAUCGACGACGUGCUUGCGGCUGCUGUGGUUCCUCCGGCGACGGCUGCAGAGGAGAUCGGCCUGAGCACUGCCUACGCUGCUGCAGAGGAUCCUCUCAGUCUCGCGGAAGCAGCAGCUCGUCUGAAGCAGCUGGAGUUGGAGGGCAGCCUCCUUCCCGCUACUCCGAGAAACAACAUCAACGUCAAUGUAGCCAUGAACAACCAGGAUGAUGUGGUGAAGCUCACAGAGAAAUGCAGUUUGAACAGUUCAGGCAGCAGCCCCGUCGUGACUCCACUGCGCCCCCCGGAGGAUAUCAAGAGCAACAUCCUGAAGGCCCAAGCAGAAGCUGCUGCCUUGAAGGGUCAUUUAGAGGAGCCUGUCGUUACAGAUAAGAACUGCAACUUGCAGGAGGUUCCCACCAGGUUGAAGGUUCCUGCUGGCCGAACAGGAAGUAACUCGUCUCUUUCUGUUAGCAGCCGACCCGAUGUCCAGGAUUCCUGGGAGCUGGUGAACCCAGCCUCACUCAGCUCGUCGGCAGCAGUCAGUGCUGAGAGGAUAGCCGAGGAUUCUGUUUCCAGGAUUCCUGCUGCCUGUGAAGGUUCGGCUCCAAAGGGUAAAGCCGAGGAGUUUGACCUGCAGAGCUCUUCUCCUCCGUCUGAAAACCUGAUCGACUUCACCGAUCCGACUCCUCCUGUCCUGUCAGUGCAGCAGCCUAAGCCUGUCAUCACACCUCGCUGGAUCAUUCCUGCAUCCGCUCCUCCGGGGAUCCUCGCUAACGGCCUGAUCGACGUAGAGCCCCAGUCUAAAAUCUCCCCUCUUCUCCUCCCUGCUGAUGGAGGAGCAUCUCUCCCCCCGACCCCUCCCCACCUCGCACAGACCCGGAAUGCCAUCCCCACCAGCGUUGCGGUUCAGCCACCGAACUCCGAGGAUGGAACCAAACCCAGAGGCCUCCUGACCACGGAGCUCUGAUGAAGCGAAAUGCCGCUGUCGUGGCAAUAUUCAGACUUGGAGGAGGCAGCAACGCGAGGCUCGGACCCACCACAGAACCAAACGUUGCUUUGAUUCUGUUCACCUACUAAAUUCAUCCAAGUCCAUCAGAGCUCUCCUCCAUCAUCAGCAUCACCUGUUGGGAUUAGGCAGAGCUCAUGACAUAAGUUCUCACGUAAAGCUGAAUUAUAUCAGAUUUAUUUUUAGUACCACUGGAUCUCUGGAAGUAGAUUCGCACGUAGAGCUUCUCAAACACUGAAUGAAGGACUGAAGAUUUUUCGAGAAGAGACACAAACUUAAAAUAAAAACCAGCAGAAUCUUAACCAUUUUUUUUUUUUUUAAUAGUUUUAGAAGUUUGUUUCAACCACUGGAUUAUAAAAUUACACUGGGUUAUUUUUCCUACACUGGACUCUUUACAGAUUUAAUACCAAUCCUGGAGUGCUCUUAUCUUUGUAUUUGAAUUUAAACUCCCACUGCAGCGGUGAGAAGAAACAUAAACUUUUAUCCUGUAAAUUUUACCUUUUUAUUCAAAAUUAAUUUUUGCUGCUUUUUAAUCCUCAGUUUCAAGCAUUUGUUUUAAAUUUGGUAAAAGCUGGGACCACUUUUUCUUACCUGCCUUUUGUAAAUGAAUGUAUUCCAACAUCUCAGUAACAAGUUCAGAUGUGUUCAUCAGCACUGGAGGAAACCCUGUGAAGUAGAUGAAAGUAGAUUUUGUACAGAUGAAGUCAUGAAUGCGUUUUUUUAUGUAGUCUAAGUCUGAUGAUUUUAUUCCCACAAACAACAGACGGCGGUUUUCCUGUCGUCUUGCCGUAGCAGAUAUCUGUAUUUAUACUCGAGUGUUUGUCCCAACGUGUUCCGUUACGGCCGUAGAUGAGCUGCAGACCGGCUAUAGUCUUCUGUGUUUUUGAGGAGAUGUUGGAAGCGUACUACUGAUGGUCUCCUGGUGAUGGUCUCUAAAUGCAAACGCAGUAGAAAAACGGUGGCAGCCGUUUCAGAUGCUGUUUUCUAUAAAGUGUUUUCUGGUUUAAAUGAUCAUGAAUGAGUAAAGUCUGCUACACUAGGAAA